UUAUAGAUUUAGAAAAUCAAACCAUAAUACAAAAUCAAAUAAUCGGUAAUUGUUUACUGAAUGCUUCAUUUUUAGUCUAUGCUGGUCCAUUUUCAUUAGAAUAUCGCGAAAAAAUUUUUUUUAACGAUUGGUACAAUCAUAUUAUUGAUCUGGAAUUACCAAUCGACUUGAACAUUGAACUAGAAAAAGAACUAAUUGAUGAAAAAGUGAUAUAUGAUUUGAUUUUGAAUGGUUUGCCUUGUGACAAAUACACAAUUCAAAAUGGAAUAUUGAUGACUCAAUCUAAUCGAUUUCCUCUUUGUAUUGACCCACAUAAUCAAGGAUUUAAUUGGAUUAAAAACCAUGAAAAAAAUAACUCAUUAAAAAUUCUUUCAUUUGCUGAUAACGAUUAUACUGUGCAUUUAAAAAAUGCUUUGCAAUAUGGGCAAUCAGUAAUGUUUAUUGAUUUUGAAAACAUGGAUUUAGAUAUAAAGGAUUUAUUAAAUAAAAAUGUACAAUCUGAGUCAUUUGAUGCUGAAUAUAUGGAGAUGGAUGAUAAAAAAUGUAUGCAUAAUCAAAACUUCAGAUUAUACUUGAUGACUAAACAAACUAAUCCAAAGAUUACAACAUCCAUCUACUCCAAUAUGACUGUAAUAAAUUGUUCAAUCACACAAGAAGGUUUGGAAGGCCAGCUACUUAAUUUGGUGAUCAAACAUGAAAUAAAAGAAGUAGGAGAUAAGAAAGAACUAAUAGUAAAAAAUAUGUAUCAACAAAUGGAAGAACUUGAAGCAUUUAAAAAUUUGUUUUUAAAAGAAAUCAUUAACUGUACCGAACCUUUGAUUGAUAAUCCACAUCUUUCAAAUAAACUUGAAGACAUAAAAUUAAAAAUUGAUUUAUAUUCUACAGAAUUAAAACUGUCUAUUGAAUCAAUGACUCUAAUUGAUCAGUCUAGAGAUAUUUACAAAUCUGUAUCACAAAAAGGGACUUUAUUUUAUAUGUCCCUCUAUGGAUUAAAAGAUAUUGACCCAUUAUACCAAUUUUCAAUUGAGUCGUUUAUAAAAUUGUUUUUAAAUUCAAUUGAUUUAGCAAAAACAGAUCUAAAUGUAUUGAAUAGGAUAUCAAAUAUUAUCGAUCAACUAACAAAUGAUGUUUUUGAAUUUAGUAGUAUCAGUAUUUAUGAAAAACACAACUUGUUAUUUUUAUUUCAAAUAGCGUGUACGUUAGAUAAAGAUGCAGGAUAUUUAUUUAAUUCAGAAUUAAUAUUCUUCAUCAAAGGAAAUAUUAUAAACUCUGAAAAUAUCACCAUAGAAAAUCCAACAACAUGGUUAUCAAAUAAAUGUUGGCAAAAUGUUGUUAAUUUAAGCACGAACUUUGAAAAUUUCUCAAAUCUGAUUGAACAUAUUUGUAAUAACAUCGACAAAUGGAAAGAGUGGUUUCAUUCAGAAUAUCCAGAAUCUAAAAAUACUAUACCUAUCAAAAUUAACAAAUAUUUUGAUGUGUUAAUGCUGAUAAGAUGUUUUCGAACUGAUCGAGUGUAUCAAUGCGUUGAAAAUUACGUUUAUCAAAUAAUUGAAAUAAAUAACGAGAGUUGUAUCAAUAAAAAAAAUACAAAUCUCGAAUAUAUACAUAAAAAAUUUUCAAAUUUAACUCCAUGUGUUUUGAUAUUGAAUAAUGGAUCAGAUCCGGGCAAAGAUCUGACUAAGCUUGCAGAAAAAAAUGAUAUAACUGGUCCAACGUUCAAAGUUCUUUCAUUAGGAACUUUCAAUGACAAUGUUAUUUAUUUAGCUUUAAAAUCAGCAAUGUAUCGUGGAAAUUGGUUGAUUGUUCAAAACUGUAAUUUUUCUAUUCGUUUUAUGUACGAUAUUGAAUGUAUAUUAGAACAAGCAAAUGAAAGUUGGCAUCCAAACUUCAGAUUAUGGCUUAUAUUUAAUGGAUAUUCAUCACUGAGUGAUUCAUUUCCAAUAUCACUUUUACUCAGAUCAUUAAAAGUUAUUAUUGAACCUUUAAAUCAUAUGAAGAUGUGUAUGCAGAAUGCUUUAGAUAAAUACAAUUUUGACGACCAAGAAGAUAAAAAUCCUCAUCCUGCUUUCAAAUCUUUGCUAUACGCUUUACUAUUUUUCCAUGGAAUAUUAUUAGAACGUAAAAAGUAUAAUCAAUUUGGAUGGAGUUUAUCAUAUAAUUUUGAAUAUUCUGAAUAUGAUAUGUGUCAACAAAUAAUUGCUAUAUUUUUGAGAAAAAGUAAACCCGAUGAAAUACCUUGGACUUCAUUAAAGUAUCUAAUCGGUGAAAUCAUAUAUGGAGGAAAAGUGAUCGAUAGCUAUGAUCGCAGAAUUCUCUUGACAUACGUUGAUGAGUAUUUUGGUGAUUUUAUAUACAGUUCUUACCAACCAUUCAGCUUUUACAAUUGCAACGAUGGUUAUAAGGCGGUGAAAUACAUAGAAGCGGAAAGAAAAUUAUUAGAAAGUAAUAAACACAAUUUGAUAGGAGCAGUUAAUGAAUUGCCAAUGUCUAUUAACCCAAUAGUUUGUGGAUUAAAUCCAAAUGUUUUGUUUGGAUACCACAAUAAUUUGGUUGAACUUUUAUGGGCGGAUAUGAUUAAGUUGUAUCCAAAUGUUGACGCAGUUGAUGAUAAAAAUACUGAUUGGGAUAAAGUUGUACAAAAUACUACUGAAGACAUUUUAAAAUCAUUGCCUGAACUUUAUAAUGUAAAUAAGGUGAAAAUGUUUUACGGAGAUAAAUGUUCUGCACCUAAUAUUAUAGUUUUACUUAACGAACUCGAGAAAAUGAAUGCGUUAUUAAGCGUAAUAAGAAACACACUAUCACAACUCUCAAAGGUUUUUCUGGGGAAAGUGGAAAUGAAUUCUAUGUUAGAAGAAGUUUCAACGUGUUUAUACGCCGGUCGCGUCCCGGGUUGCUGGAGCAAACUAUCACCACAGACAGUUAAAUCAUUGCCGAGUUAUAUGGAACACCUUACGAAACGUACACUUCAAUAUUCGAAUUGGAGCCAAAUCAGAGAACCUUUAGUCAUGUGGCUAUCAGGGUUACACUCGCCGAAGUCGUAUCUUACAUCUUUGAUACAAUUGGCAUGUAGAAAAUAUGGUUGGUCAAUUGAACACAGUAUGUUUUAUACAUCUGUAACUCAAUGGACUUGUGAAAGUGAAGUUCAACGAGAACCAGACGCCGGAUGUUACAUCACCGGAUUAUAUUUAGAAGGCGCACGUUGGGAUAUGGAUAAACAAUGCUUGACAGAAUGUACAUUUCAUAAUACACUUGAAAAUUUGCCAAUUUUAGCUAUUAAUCCUAUUGAAACUCGCCUGCUAAAAUUACCCAAGAGUUCAAUUACCAUACCAGUAUACGUGACUUCGAAACGAGGAAAUUUUAUGAAUGAUAAUUGUGUAUUUCAAGCCAAUUUAAAUACAUUAGUGCACAAGAGCUUUUGGAUUUUACGAGGAGUUUGUGUUGUUAUGAAUACUGAUUAAUUAGCUAUUAAUUUAUUUACUUUAAUUAUUUACCAAUAAUGUGAACUUUAAAUUAUUUUUAUUU